AAGCAAAGACGAGUUCGUCUGUGUUUGAGAGGCUUUCGCGAUGGGAGCAGAGAGCUCAGUGCAGCGGGACGGGAAGAGCCAGGAGGAUGCCUCAGCCUCAGCCUCAGCCUCCGCCUCCGCCGGGGAGCUGAGCGCGGAGGGGAAGGUGCAGCAGGAGGACAGCGUCCUGGACAGCAAGGCUUUGCAAAAGAAUGGACAAAUCUCCAGCAUGACGAGCCUGAACGGACACUCGGAGGACAACACGCUGGCAGAAGUCGGCCAGCCAGAUGGUGUGUCUGUAGCUCAGAAGGAAGACGCCUCUGAGACUAUGGACACGAUCCAGGACGAAGUCGCUCCUCAAGUGAAUGGCGAGAAAGGGGAAAAAGAAUCCGCUGAUGCAAACGACAUCACCGCCGUUGAGGAGAAGGCGGCGGAAGAAAAGCCCAGUGAUGCCAACGAAGUGGGAUUCAAGAAGAUCUUUCGCUUCGUGGGCUUUAAGUUCACACUGAAGAAGGACAAGAGUGAGGAAAAGGAUCCCGUGAAGCUGCUGACAGUCAAAGACAAAGAGGGAGAGGAGGUCAGCGGGACAGACGAGCCCGUGAAGGAGGAGGAAGCAGCUACUCCUGAAGAGAAAAGUACCACUGAGGAGAAAGAGGCAGACACUGAAGCUUCUACUGCUGAGGCUGAUGCCACGAAAGACACCGAGAAAGAUGAAACCACCGAUGCUCCUGUUGAAGGUGCUGCUGCUGAAGCUUCUGAUGAAUCAGCCAAGGAGGAAGGAGAUGAAACCAAGGAAGCCAAGGAAGACGAAACCACUCCGCCUUCCCAGGAAGCCACCCUGUCCCCCUUCAGGAUUUUCAGUGGAGGCCUCUUCUCUAAUUUGAGGAAGAAAGCCAGCAUCAAGAAGACAAAGGAGGAGCUGGAAAAGGAGGCAGCUGCUGAGGAGGAAGCAGCGAAGACAAGUGAAGAUGCUGUGGAGGAAAAGGAGGAAAAGGAGGAAAAAGAAACGACUGAGCAGGAAACCAAGGAGGAAGCUCCAGAAACUCCAGCAGAGGAAACAUCUGAGCCUAAGGAGGAGGCUUCAACCUCUCCAGUGGAGGAAAAAUCAGAAGCCGCUCCAGAGACCGAGGCUUCUGUUGAAGCACCAGCUCCUACGGAGGAAACCAAACAAGAUGACCAAAAGGCAGAAGAUAGUGUAGAAGAAGAGAAGGCCCCAGCAGAGGUGACAUCUGAGGCGGAGCUGCUGUCCUCACAGGAGAAGACAAAGGCCCAGGGAAGCCCCCUGAAGAAGCUCUUCACCGGAGCUGGCCUGAAGAAGCUCUCGACUAAGAAGCAGAAGGCCAAGAAAGAAACGGAGCCGAAGCCUGCUGAGUCUGGGGAGCAGGCAGCUGAGCAGCUCCAGUCAUCCACGGAGACAGCAGAGCCUCCUAAAGCUGACAGUGGUCCCUCAUCUCCAGAGGAGUCAGGAGAGCAUGUUAUCGCUGUGGAGGUGACGCAGAAUGAGUCGAGCCAAGAGGCCGAGGGUGAAGUCGUAUCUGAUGGAGAGAAGAAAAAGGAGGGCAUCAUCGCCUGGUCUUCCUUCAAGAAACUGGUAACACCCAAGAAGCGCGUGAAAAGACCAUCUGAGAGUGAAGACGAAGCUGCAGCUGAAAAACCAGGGAAGUCGGCCACCCUGUCCUCCUCCGAGAGCGCUGCUCUAACAGAUAAGAGUGUUGAGGAGGAAGCUAAGGAGGAAAAGCCUUCAGAGGAGGAGCCAAAGACCGAAAACACUGAAAAACUGGUCAGCAGCACUGAGGAGCCCAAAAGGAAGAUGGACACCUCUGUUUCCUGGGAAGCGUUGAUGUGCAUGGGUGGACCCAAGAAGAGGACCAGGAAAACCUCUGAUUCGGACGAUGAAGAGACCAAGAUUGAAGAAGACAUGCCUGCAGCAGCAGAAGGGGAGCAGGAAGUCAAGACCGAGGCCACCAUUGUCACUUCCCAAAAUACUGAGAGUGAAGGAGAAGCUGUCUCCUCACCCGAACCGCUAAGUCCUCCGGAGAGAGAGUCUACCUGGGACACACUGAAGCGCAUGGUUAUGCCAAGGAGUAAAUCUAAAGGUGAUGAAAAACUGGAAGAUUCUACUGAGCAAGUCCAGUCAGACAGUGAAGUGCAGAAAGACGAGUCCACGUUCUCUCUGAGAAAGCUCUUCCCUGGACGCAGAAAAAAGAAGGUUGAAAAGCAGUCUUCCACAGAGCAGUGCUCGGGAGAAGAGGACUCUGACACCCCGGCUGUGGUUCCCCUGUCAGAAUAUGACCAGCAAGAGGACUCUGAACCGGAAGCAAUAGCAACACCACCUGAAGUCCAGAUUAAAGUGUCCACAGUUUCAGCUGAAGAUAGAUCUCCUUCAUGGAUCCCAGCAACUGUCGAAGACCCAGAUGAAAAACAGCUGAGUGAUAUCCCCGAGGAAGCAGAAAAUGCUGCUACACCAAAGUCGAUUGACACUGACAUUGCAGACGACGAAGCUGAGGAGGAUCGAGCUGCGUUCCUUAAAGCCGCGGGACGCACCGGACGCAGACUGUCUACCGCUGAAGUGAAGCCUGUCGCUCCUGCUCCGGAUGCUGCAACAACUCCCGUUCCUAAGGGUCCUGCUUCAGAGAGUGCUACAGAAGUUGUGGAAGGUAUUGAAGCCCAAAUCAGUGAAAUUCCUACCCAGGCCUCUGUGACUGUGCAGGAUGUGGCAGCGGAGGAAGCCUCUGAACAAACUGAGUAUGAACCACCAACUGACAGUGCCACGGCAGUGGCACAGACCAUCUUGCAGCCACAUGCUCGGAAUGAGGCCAUGGCUAUCUGCACAGGUCUUGGAACCAAAGAGAUUGCAAAAGUGGCUCUGGAGAAGCCUGUGCUCCCAGUUGUAGAGUCUGUCACUGUGAUCCGUGACGCUCUGAGCUCAGAAGUGUCGGUGGAAGAGAAACCAUCAAAUACUGAAGAAGCAACUCUUGGAGGUGAUGAACUGCUCCAGUCCCAAACGAAUCAGGUUGACACCACUUACCUUGAGGCUCCAGUUGACAGUUCAGAAAGUGACGCAGUAGGUCUGGAGACUGCCACUGAAGGUGUGGAGCCUGACAUCGAGAAAGUUGGAGCUGUCAGCACUGCGGUGGAAGAGUCCGAGGUCAUUCAGCCCCCUGCAGUGACCGAGAACUCUCCUACAUCUCUGAUAGUCAGUCCCAUUACCCCGACUUGUGAAGAACUUGUCUGCAUCCAGAGUGUUGAAAUCUCCGAGUUGACUGUGGACACCAAGGAAGUUAACAUGGAAAUGGAACAGCUUGCUGCAGUUGAAGAAAAUAUUCCAGUGAAAGAAGUGAUUCAGGUCGUGACUGAAGAGAUGGCACCCACCUUUCAUGGAGUUCACAGUGAACAGUCCACCAUCUCAGAGGAGGCUGAACCAAUUAAUCUCGCUGAUGCGGAUACCCCUGUUAUAAAAGAAACAGUCGUCCUUGUGGCCCCACCCACUGCAGAGUCUGACCAGGCAGACACAUCAGACAUGGACGCUAAAAAGGAAUCUGCGCCAGAACCCGUCGAUGCUGAACAGGUUCAGGUUCAGGAAACCAAGGAAGAGGAUGCUGUGGCUGAGGCUGAAGAACACACCACCGCCAGCGCAGAUUCCGAGACCAGCGGCAUCAAGGAGCAAGUCAGCGAGAAGGUAGAGGAAGUCAAAGAGGAAGUCCAGCAGGCUGGUGAGAUUGAGACCCAGAGCAUGGCCAUUGCCCAGUCAGUCAUUCAGGACGCUGUGGAUAAAAUCUCAGAAGAUAAACCUGAAGAACAAAAACCUGCAACUCCAACUACCACGUUUCCAGGAGAAACCCGGGCAGUGUCAACAACAGAAGAAGAGAUUGACGUCUCAACCUUCAUUGUCACUGAAACCCCAGUUCCUGUUGUUUGUGAAAAACCAGCCCCACCAUCACCUCAGUCACUCUUUGCUGCCAUCGAGGUCACCGAUGCGAUCCCACUAGAGGUCACAGAGAGUCUUGACGAAGAAAAGGAAGAGAAAGAAGAGAAGAAACCCAAAAAGGGCGUAAAGGAAGCUGUGGAGGUAAAAGUAAGUGAAGAAACUGUCAUCGUGGAAGAAGUUGUGGAGAUAAUUGCCGAGAGUCAAACAGAUGAAGAGCCAGACCAGAUCAAAGAGGAGGAAAGCAAAGAGGACCAGAAACCAUCCGAGGAGCACCAGCCAGAGGAAACCAAGUCUGAGGCCUCUGCAAAGGAGAGCAGUCCCAAAGCUCUGGAGAUCCACAUGCCCGUCCAGGUCGUGCUGCAGACCGCCCAGGUGCUCGAGGAGCCGUCAGUGGAGGAGGAAGCUGCAGAGGAGUUUGGCAGCAACGGGGCGCCAGACACCACUAAGCCAGCUGAGACCCCCGCACGUCAGAGCAAGCUCUCGGUGCUGUUAGAGGAGCCGCAGCCCUCAGAUUCAGCAGAGGACGGCGCCCCCAGCGAAACCACAGAUGCUGCAGAGACAGAAAAAGCCCCGUCAGCGAAGUGUGCGGAGGUGAUGGCGCAGGUGAUCGAGGUCAUUGAGGAGGCUGUGAAGGAGAUCGAACCGGUGUCCACAGAGAUCACAGCAGCAUCGUGAACAGCUGAAGAUACAAAACUGAUGCCUGGGAGACACGCUGUCUGGACCAGGAAGUGAGUGAUGAGAGAGCGAGAGAGAGCCGUAGAGAAGCUGCUCUGUGGCAACACGCUGAGACUGGGCCUCUCCCCGUCCCACCCAGAGAGACUGAGUGACGGAACCCCCCCCCCCCCCCCCCCCCCCCAUCCUCUCCAGCUCCCCUCCCAACCGUACUGCAACUGCAUCCUGCAGCUCCGUCGCUGCAACUUCACGACCUACCGUCAGACCCUCACCCACCCACCCACCCACUACACCACUCACUCACUCACUCACUCACUUGCUCGCUCACUCACACAUUCAUGCAUGUCCUGUGACUCAGAAGAAUCUCAUCUGGCUCGUGUUCAUCGCAAUGUCUGUCCAGUGUCCCGACGGCUUUCCAUUGCCUCUGUUGCGUAACGGGAGAGUCUGCAGCCUGGUUGAGUGUGGAGUUGUGUGUGUGCGUGUGUGUGUGUGUGUGUGUGUGUGUGUGAGCAGGUGUGUGCAUGUGUGUUUUCUAUGUGAAUAGCAGCGGGAGUAAGAGAUGUCAGCAGGUGAAGAGAUGGAUUGUUAUCUUGUAUAUUGUAUUUAUAUCUUGAGUAUUCUUUCAUUCAUCCCCACGUCUUCAUUUGUUUCCUUUUUUUUUUUUUAACCUGUUAGGUUCCUGAGAUAUUGUUGUCUGUUUUUAGAAUCAUUCUAUUUAGCUGUGUUAAAUCUGUAUUUUUUUUAAAACAUUAUUUCAUUGUAUUACAGUUUCAAUGCAGAGAGGAACAACUAGAAAUUGUCUUGUAAAAGGCUUGGGAAUGAUGAGAAUUUACCAAAACAAAGUUAGAAUUGUUGCAAAUAAGUGAUUUGUGUACUACAGCUUUACCUAUCAUAUUCAAAGACCUUUUUUUUUUAAGAAUAAGUAGCAAUAAAAAAAACUAAGCCAUGGUACAAAUGAUUCCACAGAGCAGGAGGGUGGAAAUAAUGAUGCCGACGAUGAUGAUGAUGAUGAUGAUGAUGAUGUCCACCAGAAAUGCACCACGUUUGACUUUUAACACACUCUUGUGUCACAGUGUGUUCAUCGCUCCGCUCCACAACAAAAAUACGUAAUGAGCUUCAUGUAGAUAAGGAAACCAAUCACUGCCUGAUUUACUGUGAAAAAGACAUUGUUACUACACAUUGUUUUAUGUAAAAACUCCAAUAAAAUGCUGUCACAACACUCAUCUAUACUGUCACAGAGGUAUCUGGAAAAUAGCGACUUGCAAAUAAUAUGUAUGGCAAUUUUUGACAUAGGCUAGACGUGCAUUCAAGAAAACACAAAGUAAAUCAUGUUCACGAUGGUUAAUGAGCAUGUUUUUGUGUUACUAUGUGAAAUAAGUAUCACUGAUGUGAAGUAGUGUAGCAAGUUCUUUUUAACUACAAGCUAUUGAAGUUUAAUCAUGAAAAGUAAGUAUGUUGCUGCCCUCUGCUGCUUACCAAGCUUAACUGCAUCCUUUGUUUAUCGAUCAUUGAUGUCUUUUUAAAUGAGGCCAUGCUCAAGCAUGGUUACAAGUAUGAACUAAUGUCUGGUCAUUUUAGUCUUAAGACAGACCUGCACUCUGCUGUGUGUGUUCCUCACUAAGCAUUCUAGCUCAGGUUGAUUGAACUGGCACCGGGGAGGACAUAGACUGAGAGACGCGCACAGGCUUCACCGCUCGGUACCAAGAAUAACAACAAGAAUCUUGUGUUUUCCUUCAGUUAGAAGCCAAAUCGAGUUAGGAUGAAUCAGGAAGUCAUUGUCAUGUCAUUGUUCAUGGGAUGAGACACCAGUCGUGUCCAAUUAGAUUCCCAAAGCAUCCUCUCACAUACUUGUGUGCUUUUUGAGCUUUUGGAACAGUGGGAGAUGUUUCAGAGAAUAUUUCCAGCUUUGGCACCAAAGUAAACACAAGGAUGUGGGCCCGGCUACAUUUUUGUCUCUGUGCUUGUGUUUGUAAAGUCAAUCAUUCGGAAGACCUGAAAAUUAAAAAAAAAAAAAAAAGGUGCUUAUGUAAUCCAUUAAACUGAAUUUUAGCUCUCACAUUGAGCUUUAUCACAGUCUCACCCACAGAUCACAAACU